AUGGCUUCUAUACACAGCCUUAAUUGUUUUGUUUUCUUUCUACUAUUGGCUCUUGGCAUUAGUUCUGCCAGAAGGUCCCUUCUCACUCUUGAUGGAGGCUAUGGUGUAGGCCAUGGCAUUGGUGGUGGCUAUGGCGGUGCUGCUGCUGGAGGUUAUGGUGGUGGUGGAGGUGGUGGUUCAGGUGGUGGCGGUGGAUAUGGAGGGGAGCAUGGAGUUGUUGGCUAUGGAGGAGGUAGUGGUGGAGGACAAGGAGGGGGUGUAGGAUAUGGUGGUGAUCAUGGAGCUGGAUAUGGUGGCGGUGGUGGUGGUGGUGCGGGUUAUGGUGGUGGUGUAGAGCAUGGUAGUGGAGGUGGUUAUGGUGAAGGUGAAGGAGGUGGAGCUGGAGGAGGAUAUGGAGCUGGUGGAGAACAUGGCAUUGGGUAUGGAGGAGGAGGUGGAAGUGGUGCUGGUGGUGGAGGCGGGUAUAGUGAAGGAGGAGCACAUGGGGGUGGAUAUGGCAGUGGUGGAGGAGCUGGUGGUGGUGAAGGAGGGGGAGGGGGAGGUGGUUAUGGUGGUGGCGAAGGAGCUGGAACUGGUGGAGGGUACGGUGCAGGUGGAGAACAUGGUGGUGGUUAUGGAGGUGGUCAAGGAGGAGGAAGUGGAGGGGGAUAUGGUGCUGGCGGAGACCAUGGUGCUGCUGGCUAUGGAGUUGGUGAAGGAGGUGGAGCUGGUGGAGGGUAUGGUGCAGGUGGAGAACAUGGCAUUGGUUAUGGAGGAGGUGGUGGAAGUGGAGGAGGUUAUGGUGAUGGAGGAGCUCAUGGAGGUGGAUACGGUGGCGGCGCGGGUGGUGGUGGAGGAGGCGGGUAUGGGGCUGCUGGGGCACAUGGUGGUGGUUUUGGAGGAGGCGGUGAAAGUGGUGGUGGCCAUGGUGGCUAUGUUCCCUAA